AUGGCGGCACGAAAACUGCAACAAGAAGUUGACAAGUGCUUCAAGAAGGUGGCGGAAGGCGUUGCCGAGUUUGAAGCCAUCUACGAAAAGAUUGAGCAGUCCAACAACAUCUCUCAAAAGGAAAAGCUGGAGGACAAUCUCAAGCGCGAAAUCAAGAAGCUCCAGAGGCUACGCGAUCAGAUCAAGACAUGGGCGGCAAGCAACGACAUCAAGGACAAGGCUCCUUUACUGGAGCACCGCCGACUGAUCGAAACGCAAAUGGAGAAAUUCAAGGCAGUCGAGAAGGCUAUGAAGACCAAGGCAUACUCCAAGGAAGGGUUGGCCUCUUCAGCGAAGCUCGACCCCCAAGAACAAGCAAAGGCGGAAGCAAGCGAUUUUCUCAACAACAUGGUCGACGAGCUGGAGCAACAAAUCGAGACUUUGGAGGCCGAAGCCGAGGCGAUACAAGCAACCAUGAAGAAGGGCAAGAGCCAGACUGCCAAGGCAGAACGAAUGGCCGAGAUUGAGCGCAUCAUCGAGCGGCAUAAAUGGCACCAGGGCAAGCUCGAGCUUAUUCGGAGGUCUUUAGAGAAUGGCGGAGUCGACACGGAUCAGGUCACCGAUCUCGAGGAGACAAUUCGAUACUAUGUCUCGGAUGGCAUGAACGACGAUUUCAUCGAGGACGAAGAGAUGUACGAAGAGCUGAACCUGGACGAGGAGGAGGGCGUGUACGGUGUUCCCCAGGAUGGCGACAAGGGUUCGUCGCAAGACACCCAAUCUUUGGCGGAAGAACCCACGCCGGAGCCCGAAAUCCCAAAGGCGGUCGCGGAAGCAUCUGCAUCAGGGCGGAAGUCUAGCGCGCAGUCCAAGUCCCCUCUACCCGCGUUGGCAACUUUACAUACGCCAUUACAGACCAUCAGUAGCAAUGGCGCGGCAAAUGGACCGACUAUGAAGCCAGCGUCCGUCCCCGCAAGACCUGCCGAGGGCCUCAAAUACGCAUCUGCGGCAGCUGCGGCGGCGGCAUCAGAUAAGAUCGGCAUUUCUCCCUUGCCGCCUCCACCAGGCGCUGCUCCCAUCACGUCAGGAACUCCGGCCACGCAAUCGAAAAGCAGCACAGCAGGCUCUCCGGCAGCGACGCCGGCACACCCUGUUGCGGCCAAAGACCCCGAACCUAAACAGGCUGCAGCACCCUCGAGCAGCGCAAGCGAAACCCCGGCGACGAGUGCGAAGCCGACACCGGCUCAAACCAAGGCGGAGAAACGUGCGCUCAAGAACCAGGCCGCGGCGGAGGCAUCAGCGGCAGCCAAGGGUGAGCCUCCAGAAGCAGAUGACCAAUUGCUUGACGUACUAACGGUUUCAGCAUCUCAAACAAACGGUAGUGCAAACGGGGUCAGGGCCGCUGUAGACGAAGAGGAUGAGGAAUCGAUAUACCAUCUCCCUUCGUCCCUACAAGACCUUGUCGAGUCUUUCGAGGCAUCUCGUAAGCGGCCAGCGCCAUUCUCGUCGCCUUCAACGCAACGCAUGCUUCAGGCUAGCCAGGCCAUGUGCCCUGACAUCAUGGACACGGACGUGCCCAGGACUUACCGUCCCGAGCUGCGUUUGAACUCAACCGGUGUGGGCUUUCCUCAGGAGCCGCUCGUCCUAUUCGACGACCCACGACUAUACUCCAGGAUCGACCCCGACACACUCUUCUACGUCUUUUACUACAAGCAGGGUACGCCCCAGCAAUAUUUGGCUGCUAAGGCACUCAAGGACCAGAGCUGGAGAUUUCACAAGCAAUACCAAACCUGGUUUCAGCGCCAUGAAGAGCCGAAGAACAUCACCGAGGAAUUUGAGCAGGGCACAUACCGCUUCUUCGACUACGAGAGCACUUGGAUGAACCGCAGAAAGGCGGACUUCAAGUUUGCAUACAAAUUCCUGGAGGACGAUGUAUGA